CCUAACAUUCGACGGACAGCAGCUGUAGCGAUCACAUUAAGCAGUAUGAUCGCUCUAUUGAUCAUCGUCCUCGCGCUCCAAUCCGGCCUCAAUCAAGCCGUAGAAUACACCUCUCCUUGGCAUUAUAAAUGCGAUGGCGGUCUCUGCAAGAAAGUAUUAAUUACGGAACAAGACAGCAAUCCAGUCGCUCUUAGCGUGUGCCAAUUGACAUGCGGUCAAGGUGGAACCCUUUGGCCGAGGCCGACGGGACACCUAUCCAUCGGUGAAUCCGUGGUGCAGCUCGAUCCCAAUAAUAUUGUACUGAUAGGAAUUUCUACUCAAACGGUGGUAGGAAAUCUCCUCCAGAGGAAUGUGGAUCGUUUAAAGGAGAAUGCGAAGAAGCUCGGCGGCCCUGUAACUGUGAACGGUGGCGGUACCGGAUUAGUGAUUCGCUUCAACGAUAAACUUAAUCUUGACAACGCUAAAUUGACCUUGGACACGGACGAGAGCUACACUCUCCAAGUGGCUUCUGAUUCCGAUGGACUGGUGAAAGUCGAUGUCACGGCGAAUACGUAUUUCGGAGCUCGACACGCUUUGGAGACCCUUAGCCAGCUCAUCGUUUUCGACGAUUUACGCAGCCAGAUUCAAGUGGCCAACGGAGUGUACAUCGUGGACGCUCCGAAAUAUCCUUAUCGCGGAAUUCUACUGGACACGAGUCGAAAUUACGUCGACAAGGCGACGAUUCUGCGAACGAUCGAUGGCAUGGCCAUGUCAAAGUUGAAUACCUUUCACUGGCACAUCACCGACUCUCACAGCUUUCCUUACGUCAGUAGAACAUGGCCUAAGUUUGUUAAGUACGGCAGCUACACGCCAACUAAGAUCUACACGUCUGAGAUGAUCAGGGAAAUAGUCGAUUAUGCUUUGGUCCGCGGUGUCAGAGUCCUGCCUGAAUUCGACGCACCAGCGCACGUUGGCGAAGGUUGGCAGUGGGUUGGCGACAACGCGACAGUUUGCUUCAAAGCCGAACCUUGGAUGAAAUAUUGCGUGGAGCCGCCAUGCGGUCAACUGAAUCCUACUAGCGAGAGGAUGUACGAGGUUCUUGGGGGAAUUUACAAGGACAUGGUGGAAGAUUUCCAGCAGCCAGACAUCUUUCACAUGGGCGGCGACGAGGUCAACAUCGAGUGCUGGAGAUCAGUGAACAUCAUCACCGACUGGAUGCUGAAGAAGGGAUGGGAUCUAAGCGAGAGAAGCUUCUACUUGUUGUGGGAUUAUUUCCAGGAGAAGGCUCUGGAGAAGCUGAAGAUCGCCAAUGGCGGCAAGGAUGUUCCGGCUAUUUUGUGGACAAGUGGACUGACCAGUAAAGAGAAUCUUCAACAUAUCGAUCCUAAGAAAUACAUAAUACAGAUUUGGACAACUGGCGAUGACGAGACUAUCGGCAGACUGCUGCAAAAUAACUUCAAGAUUAUUUUCUCCAAUUACGAUGCUCUCUAUCUUGACUGCGGAUUUUCAGCCUGGAUAGGAGAAGGUAACAAUUGGUGCACGCCAUACAAAGGCUGGCAAAAGAUCUAUGAUAAUUCUCCGUUGCAAAUGAUCAAGAGGCAGGGAUACGAGAACAAAAAGCACCUUAUUCUAGGUGGAGAAGCAGCGCUUUGGACCGAACAGGCAGAUAGCACGUCUGUCGAUUCAAGAUUGUGGCCGAGAUCGGCCGCGAUGGCCGAGAGAUUAUGGAGCGAGCCGGAUUUCAAAUGGCAUCAUGCCGAACAGCGAAUGCUGAGACAUCGUGAGAGACUCGUCGAACGCGGAAUCGACGCGGACAGUUUGGAACCUGAAUGGUGCUUGCAAAACCAAGGCUCAUGUUACGCGUAAAUUUAAAAACUGUGCUGUAAAAACUCAUAUCUGUUUUUAUUUCUAUCCAAACUCUUUCUUUUUACAAUUUUAAUGUUAGAAUAAUUUUACUUUAGAGCACUUUAAAAUAAAUCGCCACAACCA